AUCACAGCUACCCCAGUCCGUCAAAAUGAAGAUUGUCUACAUCGGAAUCUUACAAAAUGCCCAGCAACCCGCUGUGGAGCUCUGCGCUGAGCGCGAGCUCAGCAGCUACUCCCGGUUCACUCGGGGUAGCAUCAGCGAGUUCAUGACCAUGUUCAGCAAGACCGUUGCCGAACGCACAAAACAGGGCCAGAGACAGGAUAUUCAGGAGCAGGACUUUACAUUCCACGUCUACGCCCGAACCCAAGGCAUCGCCGGUGUCAUCAUCAGCGAUAACGAGUACCCCUCCCUCGCAGCGCAUCAGAUCCUUUCCAAAAUCCUCGAUGAGUUCCUGUCCCAGAAUCCCACCGCCGCGACCUCGCGGAACCCCGUUCCCUUCCCUCAGCUGCGAACAUACAUUACGACCUACCAGAACCCCCAGGAGGUGGACAGUAUCAUGAAGAUUCAAAAGGAGUUGGAUGAGACCAAGAUCGUGCUACAUAAGACUAUUGAGAGUGUUCUGGAACGAGGAGAGAAGAUCGACGAUCUGGUCUCCAAGAGCGAGGGGCUGAGCGCUCAGAGCAAGAUGUUCUACACGUCCGCGAAGAAGCAGAACUCAUGCUGUGUGAUUAUGUAGGGUGGUGCACAAACGGGUUGAAGGAAAGCGAAGGUUGUGAAUAUUCGACACGUUGGUGUCCAAGGGUGGAAGUCCAUACAGGCAGACCUGUUGUUGCAGAUAUCGGCGUUUUGAUCCGGGGACAUGGGCUUGGAUUUUCGCCUAUUUGCUAUGUGCUCAUUGUUUUGUUGGGGAGACUAGAGGCUGGAUGCAUACCAGCCUGGUCUGAUAGAUCUCGCGAUACUUGAUAAAUUAGGCUGCCACUCACUCAAGCGCUGGAUCAAGUUGCUACUGCUGAAACCAUUUGUUUAAUCAAUGACCAUCAGAAUGCUGUUAUCUUGUU